UGAAUAUAAUAUUUAUCAGAAGCGCAUAUAUACCGUUAACUGUAUCAUAAUACUGUCAUUCAUUUGUGAACAUUUAUUAGAUUUUUAGUUCAUAAUUCAAAAUAAUAAACCAUGAAGUAUUUUUUUAUACUUUUAGCAGACUUUAUGAUUCUUGUCAAUUCUGGAGUACAAGAUUUCAAGUUUCGACCAAAUUUGCCACUAGGAGAAUAUCGAUUAUAUUUUAACUCUGUCCAACAAUGUUGUCAGAAAUGCGCUAUACAGCAAAAUUUUUAUUUCUUCAAGACAAGUAGUACUAGAGUCGAACUAAGAGGAAAUAUGUCAUCUAUUAAUAAGGCAUUUGAUGAUACUUUAUGGUUUCGUGGUGCUAUGUCAGUAAAAGAUAAAAUUGGUACCUGGCAAAAUAAUGCGUACGUUUAUAGUUCACCCCAUGCUUACAAAACUAUGAAAAGUCUUCUUGGAGAUGAAUUUCGUGUUUUUUUAAAUAGCUUUGGACUCAAUGACACAAAACAAAAUAUAAUACCACCGGGUACAUAUAUCACCAAAGGUUAUGAUUUAUCAAAUUUUCCAUCAAAUACAAAUUUGCCAAGACAAAUUUUUUAUGGAAUUUACAAAUAUAAUAUUAAUUAUACGGAGAAAAAUGGCGAUCUUGUUGCAUGUCAUAUGUUUGUCCUUGAAGUAAAACGUCCAUGGGAAUUGGAAUAAAUUUGUUAAUUUAUGCCUGGUGUUAGUAGUUUGUUAGAACUUUAUUAUGUUUAAAAUU